AUGUCGAAGGAGGAGGAGGAUGUUUUGUCGAUAAAAAAGCGCCUUUAUGCGAAAGAGAUGGUGCAAUUUCUGAACGACAGUUGGACGCCGUACCACGCGGUUUUGUCUUCGGCGAAAAUAUUACUCGCGAAUGGGUUUCAAGAAAUCUCGGAAAAAGACCGAUUCAUGGACUCGGAGUUGAAACCUACGGGGAAGUAUUUCUACACCAGAGGGUUAUCCUCCAUCGUCGCGUUCGCCAUUGGGGGCGAAUACGAACCCGGGAACGGGUUUGUUAUGAUUGGUGCGCACACGGAUUCGCCGUGUCCCAAACUGAAACCGAAAACGAAAGUCGGGGUGAAUUCGCAGACGGAUUUGAUGCAAGUGGCGGUGCAACCGUACGGGGGUGGGUUGUGGCACACGUGGUUUGAUCGAGAUUUAGGCGUCGCUGGGAGAGUGGUGUUAAUGGACGAGAAGAGCGGGAAAGUGGAGCAUCGAUUGGUUAAGAUGGAGGAACCGAUGUUACGCGUGCCAAACUUGGCGAUUCAUUUGAAUCGGGACAUCUAUACCGAGGGAUUUAAGGUGAACUUUCAAACGCACAUGGCGCCGUUGUUAGGGUUGAAAACACAGAAGACGAAGAAGAAGCAAGGAGGAGACGGUGAUGAUACAGAUAACGCUGAAAAUAACCACCACCACUCGGAAUUUCUCGAGAAGCUGGCGAAAGCGUUGAACUGCGACCCGUCCUCGAUUCGAGAUUUCGAUUUACAGCUAUGCGACGUGCAACCGUCGCAAAUUGGCGGUUUGAACGGAGAAUUCGUAUUAUCUGGGAGAUUAGAUAACUUGGCGUCGUGUUAUUGUAGUUUAGCGGCUUUAGUGGAAGCGACGACGGAGGAGAAAUUGAAGAAGGAGAAAGGCAUACGGGCGUUGUUGCAUUUUGACCACGAAGAGGUUGGAAGCGCGAGCACUACCGGAGCCGGAGGGUCGUUGACGGAUGAGUUUGUCGAUCGCGUGACGAGUGCCUUCGGAAACGGAGACGCGGACACGUUAGCGACGGCGAGACGGAAGUCUUUCUUGGUGAGCGCGGAUAUGGCGCACGCGGUGCAUCCAAACUACGCGGAUAAACACGAGCCAGGGCACAAACCGAAAUUUGGCGACGGCGUGGUGAUCAAACACAACGCGAAUCAGCGGUAUUCAACCGAUGCAAUCACGUCUUUCAUUUUUAAAGAAAUUGGCGAGAGACGAAAGAUUAAAUCGCAAGAGUUUGUGGUUCGUUCGGAUUUGGGGUGCGGGAGCACCAUCGGUCCAAUUUUGAGCACGAGAAGUGGCAUUCGAACCGUGGACGUCGGGAUGCCGCAGCUGUCGAUGCACUCUAUUCGGGAGAUGUGCGGGACGGAGGAUACGAGGUUGUGCGUCGAGCAUUUCAAAGCCGUGUACGAAGAUUUCUUUGAGAUGGACGAGAAGAUGAUCGUGGAUGGAUCGAUUGGACAACUGUGCCGUCCUUGCGAUCGAUUUGAAUCUUCACCGUCCGGGGGGGGCAUCUCCUCCUUAGGAGAUGAGUUGGAGAAAAUGUCGGCGCGAACGUAUUCGUCUUAA